UUGGACGCUUACGAUAGAGACUAUCGGUUUGGUGAAGACAACAUCUAUUACGAUGUCAAGGUCCAUCUGGAUAACCAUUUCGAAGCUUUCAAUCAACUGAUUCGACUUUUCUCCCCACUUGGGCAGCGUUUCUUCAAUUGCUUUCAUCUCCGGCGCUCAUGGUCACCCUGCUAUGUCCAGAUCGAGAGCAAA